GCUGUAAUCAGUAUCAGAGCUUCAUCAAAAUUUCCCUUCUUUUAUAGAAAAUUUCCCUUACUUCCUAGCCUUGAUUGGAUUAGAGAAAAUUUCUUUCCUCCCCUUAAGCCAAUCACGAAACAAAAAUUUUCGAUCAUUUUUGUGCAGCUCUUGUCCAGCAUCGUUUUUUACCUCUAGCAGGUUUCCUAUAUUUUUUGGUUUCUCAAAACUUGAGGGAUUUAUCGAAAAUUCAACAUAUGGGAUAAAAUGUCCACUUUUUUUAAAUAUCAUUUUUUCAGAUGGUUGAACGGUCGAGAUGGAAAUGUUUGGGUUUGGGUGAUGGGGGAGCACCCAAGUGACUUGAGCAUUGAGCAAAUUUUGGAGAAUGAGGCAAAAGAAAGAGCAAAAAAUUUGGCAGAGAAGGAGGAUAUUGAGAGGACAGAAGACAUUCAAAGCUUAAUUGACCUAGAAGAGGCUGCUCUUAAAUCUGAAUUGGCCAAAAUUGAUUUAAAUCAGAAUGGGACUGAUUCUGAGCUGGACAAUAAGACUGAUUCUCAUUCUCCCUAUGAUGAAUUACCCGAUGAAAGCAGCAUAAAUGAUGAUAUUCUUGAAAACAAUAUUGCAACAACUCGUUCAUUUGGCCAAAAAGUCAAUAAUUUAGUAGACUCUCGACUUCAAAACAAUGGAUAUUUAACCGGCAAAAUGAUUAUGGCGGAUAAAACAAGUCUGUCUUCUCCAGAUUCAAAUGAAAUUUAUGAUAAUCUGGUUUCUCCGUCUCAUUCUGCUGCCAAUUUUGCCCCACAAAAUUCUUAUGAGAUAAGAAGGCAAUCAACCUUUGACAAAUUAAAUGGCACCAAAAGAAUCGAUAUUAAACGAAAUGAGCGUUCUAUGCCUCCACCAAUACCUGAAAAACCUGCAAGUUUGCGAAGAACAAUUAGCAGCCAUAUGGGAAAUGAGACACGUUUUGUGCAUCGGGAUGAUGGGGAUGAACAAAAUUUGGAAUUUAACACAAUUCGAAGCUAUAUUCCACCUGAAGAAAUCGAAAAAAGGCAAUCUAAAAUUUUUGAACAAUUAAAAGAACAAAGAGACAGAUUAGAACGUGAAGCAGAAAUGGAGGCUCGUCGAGAGCAGGCUGAAUAUGAAGAAAGGAAACGAAAAGCUCGAGAAGCAGAGGAAUCUGUUAGACGAAUUGCAGCACGAGCGAGGGAUCAACAUAGAAAGAAUAUGCGAACCUCUGAUGCACUUUUACCUCUUUUCAAAGAGAAGCCAACAUGUGCAAAUUCUAUUAGAGAUGCUCUCAGAGCUUUGCCUAGACCUCCAAAGCCUAAAAGUCGACGAGCAAUUUUAACUUGGUUUUGGAAUUCUGAGUUAGAACAAUGGAGAGGACAGGCACCUCCAAAGUGGUUUCAUGGAAUCAUUUCCCGAGAAGAAGCCGAAAAACUUUUAAUUGGCAAACAAACAGGAGCUUUUCUUGUCCGCGUCACUGAACGUAUUUUUGGAUAUACUGUCUCCUACAGAGCUGUGGAAGGAUUGAAAAAUUUUCUUGUUGAAAGAAUUGUUGAUGGAUACCAGUUUAUGGGUACAAAUCAAUUGGUUCAUUCAACACUUGCUGAGCUUGUUUUUUAUUACCAAACACAUCCAAUAACUCUUAAAGGUAGUGAAGUAUUAAUUGAACCUGUUGGACAGGACAAAACACCUCCAGAUUAUGAGGAUCUUUUUCAACCUUUUGUUGAAGGACAUGAGGACUAA